AUGGCGUCAACAGCUUCUCGUCGUCAAUGGAAAUACGAUGUCUUUCUAAGUUUCAGGGGGGAAGAUACGCGCAGGGGUUUUACCGAGUAUCUGUAUACUGCACUAAAUGAGAAAGGAAUACUCACCUUUCUGGAUGACCGAGACCUUGAGAAAGGAAAAUCCAUUAGUCCUGAACUUUUAGCUGCAAUUGAGGAGUCUAGAUAUGCGAUUGUCAUUCUCUCACACAGCUAUGCUUCUUCGUCAUGGUGCUUGGAUGAACUCGUCAAGAUUAUUCAAUGCAUAAAAGAGAUGGGCCAACAAGUCUUCCCCGUCUUCUACAAGGUGGAUCCUUCUGAUGUGCGGCACCAAAGGGGAAGUUUUGAGCUCAAAUGGGAAGCCCAAGUACAAGUAAGGGAACACGAAGAAGUUUAUGGGAGGAAUGAGGACAGACUAAAUGCGUGGACGGCUGCUUUGACUAAGGUCGCCAAUCUUUCUGGCUGGGAUUACAAGAAUUUUUCACAUGAAGCAAAACUAAUUGACGAAAUUGUUGAUCAUAUACUAAAGAAGUCCGUGUAUACAUCUUCAAGUGUUGACAAGGGCUUCAUAGGAAUGGAUUCCCGCAUUGAUGAUUUAUUAAGCAAUUACAUAUGUCCUCAGCUUCGUGGGGUGCGUUUUAUAGGGAUCCAUGGCAUGCGGGGAAUAGGUAAGACAACAGUUGCUAGAGCAAUCCAUGAUGAAAUUUGUCAAAAUUUUAACCGAACCUGCUUUCUUUCCAAUGUUAGAGAAAUGUCUAAAAACAAUGGCAUUGUUUCUCUACAAGAAAAACUUCUUUCCAGAAUCCUGAUGACAAAAAUUGAAAAUAUAGAGGAUGAAUACAUAGGAGCUGCUAUGAUAAAAAGGCGGUCGUGUAGAAUGAAGGUGCUUGUUGUUAUUGAUGAUGUGGAUCAGUUGACGCAAUUAGAGAAAUUGGCUGGAAGUCGCAACUGGUUUGGUCCAGGGAGUAGAAUUAUCGUAACCACCACAGAUAUUCAGUUGUUAAAGGCACAUGAUGUUGAUGCUACAUACAAGGCUAACGGGUUAAACUGUAAUGAAGCACUUCAACUUUUGAGCUUGAAGGCUUUUAAGAAAUGUCCCCCACCAGAGAAUUAUUUGCAUCUGUGCUACCAUAUUUUAGGGUAUGCUCAGGGGCUUCCGUUGGCUCUCGUGGUUUUAGGUUCUUUUCUAUCUGGUAGAGGGGCUGAUAAAUGGGCAAGUGCAAUAGAUAGGCUAAGGAGCACACCAGAUAAACGCAUUAUUGACGUGCUUCGGAUUAGUUUUGAUGACCUGCAUGAAAAAGAGAAAGAAAUAUUCCUACAUAUUGCUUGCUUUUACAAGGGCAAGGAUAAGGAUCGUGUGACACAAAUACUAGACUAUUGCCAGCUAGAACCUGUCAUUGGUUUAGAUGUUCUUGCUGAUAGAUCUCUCAUAACUAUCUCCAACAACGAACUGUCGAUGCAUGAUUUGCUACAAGAAAUGGGCUGGGAAAUUGUUCGUGAACAGUCUCCUGAAGAGCCAGGCAAACGUAGUAGAUUAUGGUCUUAUAAAGACAUCAACAAGGUGCUGGAGAGAAAUAAGGGAACAGAUUCAAUCCAAGGCAUGGUAAUGGAGUUGACUCAAUUGCAAGUGGCUCAUUGGAAGCCAGGAGCCUUUUCAAAUUUGUCUCAACUUAGUCUUCUCCAUAUUCGUAAUGUGGACCUUCCCAAAGGCCUCUCUUGUCUUUCUAAUUCCUUGAGACUCCUCGAAUGGACUGGGUAUCCCUUAAGAGCUCUCCCAAAAAAUUUUGAAGCAGAUGAACUUAUUGAACUUAACUUGUGCCACAGCAACAUUAAACAGCUUUGGAAGGGAACAAAGAAUUUUGACAAGUUGAAGUUCAUCAAACUCUGCCAUUCUCAAAACAUUGUGGAGACCCCAGACCUCGCAGGUGUUCAGCAUCUUGAGACUUUAGAUCUUGAAGGAUGUGAGAAUUUGGUAAGAAUCCAUCAAUCCGUUGGAUUUCUCAAAAAGCUUAUUGUCCUGAAUCUUAAAGACUGCAAAAGUCUCAAGAGUCUGCCAAGUAAAAUUGAAAUGGAAUCUCUUGAAACAUUAAUUCUUUCUAACUGCUCAAAAGUUAAGAAGAUUCCUGAGUUUGUUGGAAAUAUGGAACGUUUGUUGGUGCUUUUUCUUGAUGAGACUGCUAUUGAGGAACUGCCUGUUUCAAUUGAACGGCUGACUAGCCUUGUGUCAUUGAAUCUAAGCAACUGCAGAAAUCUUGUUUGUCUCCCAAGCACCAUCAAUAAAUUGAAGUCUGUUGAAAAUCUUAAUCUUUCUGGAUGCUUGAAACUUGGCAGACAUCAGGUAAAUGUGGGGGAGAUGGACUGUUUUGAGGAAAUUGAUGUGAAUAGUGGGUCUGCAAUAGAAAUGUCAUCUACCCAUGAUCACAGAAAAUAUGUGAGAGGUUCAAUCUUUCAUGGAUGCAAAGUAAUUUGGCGAUCUUUAAAUAAGUUCUUGCCUUCUGGAUUGGUGACAAAAGUGAAUACAGAGCCAAUGAGUUUCCACUUGCCUAUAUCUGGUCUGUCUAAUUUAACAUAUCUGAACCUGAGUAAUUCCAAUCUUGGUGAAGGAGCAUUUGCCAAUGAAUUUGGUUACUUUCCCUCUUUGGUGACCUUGAAUCUAAGUGGAAACAAUUUUGUUCGCCUUCCUUCAGGCAUUGGAUUGCUUUCUAAGCUUGAGAACUUUAACUUGGAGAAUUGCAAGAGACUUCAAGAGUUGUCAGACCUUCCAUCAAAUAGUACACUUGAUUUAAGGGCAGAUGGAUGCAAUAACAUAGCAUUUGAAAUGCUGAAGACAUUCAUGUAUCAGGGAAUCUCUAAUAAGAGUGAAACUUUCCAAAUUGUAAUUCCUGGAAGUAAUAUUCCUGAGUGGUUCAGCCAUCGGACUGUUGGGUGUUCCUCAAGUGUAUAUCUACCUGCACAUUGGAAUAACAGUCGACUUAUGGGAUUUGCUUUGUGUGCUGUUUUUGUACUCCAUAAGCACCAUCGGGUGGAUAAGCUUUGUAGAGAUGAAUUCAAGACUUUUAAUGCAACACAUCAUCUUGUAUGUUGCCUGAAGCUCGAUGGAAGAAAAUUGGAAGUAUAUGGCAAACAGCCUGCAUUUCGCUUUAGUGAAGAAUUUUGCCAGGUUAAGUCAGAUCACCUGUGGCUAUUCUAUGUAUCUCGUGAUAAAUACUUUGGUACAGAGUGGUGGCAAAACAGUUGCAGUCAGCUUGAGUUCUUAUUUAAAACCAGAGGGCCGGGUCUAAAGGUGAAGGAGUGUGGAGGGAAACCAGUGGCACUGGUGGCAGAACUUGCACGCUUGAAGAAUUGUAGGACUGGCAGAAAUAUAGGGGAUCCACCCCUGGCCACUCUGAAAGACCAUACAAGGCAAGGAAUUACUGAUGGAAAUACAUCUCGGGUAGAUGGUGAUGAUGUUGACUGGGAUACUGAUGAUGAGCUUGAGAUUGAAAACUUCACUUUAUCUUCUUCAGCUAAUCCUGGCUCUGGGGAGGUAAACAUUAUAUCUGACGUACAGAUUUAUAUUUCUUUGGAGAUUGAUUGUGAUGAGUUCAUUGGGGCAGGUGAAAUACCGGCCUUCUUUAGAUUUGAGCAUUCCAAGGUACAAGUAACAGAAAUGGACGUGACUAUGGCUCAUUAG